AUGAAGCUCGAGGUCCUGCUUUGGGCGUCUGUUGCCCUUGCUAAUCCUCUCCGACUUGACAUCAACAUUCACGUGGAUGAGCAAAAGUCCUCCUGUGCUACCGAAGAAACACAACCUCUGACCACCAACCUUCCAGUUGUUGAGUUGCUAUAUGAGAAGCAUAGAGCAUCUCCUCCCCAAGUCUUCAAUCAAUCCUUCUACAAUUUCAGCAAUAUACCAUAUGCCCAGCAACCUAUUGGCAAUCUCCGCUUCAAAGCAGCAAAAUCCAUUGAGCCCAUCCAAGGCGAGCUGCCUAUGAAUGAUGGUCAGAAGUGUGUAGUUUGUCCUCAAUCACAAGUUGGCUGGGUACCUCAUGCACAAGAUUUCUUGAAAGACUACCACGAAUUCAAUAAGAAUCUCGACCAGAAGUGGAGCUACAAGAUCACACCGAAAGAUAACUACACAUGGACCGAGAACAUCGAUGCAGUGCAAAACAUGGAUGAGGCAUGUCUUACAUUAGAUGUCAUGGUUCCUAAAAGAAUCUAUGACAAGAGAGACGACUGGGCAGGUUAUCCAGCUCCUGUCAUGGUUUGGUUCUUCGGUGGUGGCUAUGUCUUUGGUUCUAAACAUCUGUUCGGAGGACCAGCAGGGCUGUUUAAUGCUUCGAACCAGCUGGAAGACAUCGAUGAGCAAGAUUUCAUCUUUGUCGCCGUGAACUAUCGUCUGGGAGCUUUCGGCUGGUUAGCUGAAAACAUAGCCUUCUUCGGCGGCAACCCAUACGAUAUCACUGUAGUCGGUGAAUCUGCUGGAGCUAGCUCAAUCCUCCAGCAUCUUGCUGCCUACGGAGGACCUCGAGCAGGUCGAAACAAGCCUCCCCCAAAAUUUAAGCGAGCCAUUCUGCAAAGCCCGGCUCUAUCUCCCGUUAGUGACCGAGGUCGAAUGGAGAAUGUCUAUCAAAGCUUCCUGAAGGAAGUUGGCGUGAAAGAUUUCGAUGCAUUACAGAAGGCAGAUACCAAAGAUCUCAUUCGGGCCAACAGCAAGACGACAUACGAGUCUCCCUAUGGCCAGUUCAACUACGGUCCCGUUAUCGACGAAGAUUACAUCAAAUAUCCUAUCCACCUGCAGUUGAAGUACGGCUUUAUGUGGCCAGCGGAUAUCAUGGUCUCGUAUAACCGCGCCGAAGGAAUGCUGUUUACUCCUCCAUGGGUCAGGUCCAGAGCAGAACUCAAGGACUACAUCCUAUCAGCAUAUCCGCACUUCCUUGAUGAGGAAAUGAACACUCUACUUGACUCUGUAUACCCAUACGACGCUAGUCUUUCAGCAGUCGAAGCUGUCAAUGCUACAUCACAAGUUCUGAGUGAUUUCGUUGUGAAAUCAAAUGUCUAUGGCUUGACCCAGCAUUAUCGUUACUCCGCAUUUGAGUACAAAUUCAAUUUCUUUCCAGGAAUACAUGGACAAGACGCGAACUGGACGUUUCGUCCCACAGGCGACAAAAACGUCAACAAAGAGCAACGCGAGCGCUUCCAACGCUAUCUAACUUCUUAUAUCAAAUGGUUCGUUCACGAGUUCGAACAGGGCGACCCCAAUACGGCGAAGCUCUCGGAAGACAAGGACUUUGAGUUUUACAGUGAUGGGCAAAAGCACAUGCAAUUUGGCAUUGCCUUUCUUGCGCCUGGUGUUCCUGUUGCGCCUGCUUUGAGCACAUUCUAUGGCAUGCUGCCAGAUACACUUAACGACACCACUUGCAACUUCUGGCUGAAUGCUCCUUACUGGGACCCUGACAAAGAUUCACCUGAAAACUCUGUCAACCUCCGAACCAAGUACGAAGACCAAAUGAGUCAGGCUCAUGUCGAGAUUUGA